GAUUAUCCUGUGGCGCGUUUAUAUCUUAUCGUGACUCUUAUUCGCCAUUGAGUGUUCAGCAGAGCUUCAGCUCAGAGACAAAUGUCCACAUGCCAAGCUCAACUGGUUGAUCAUUGCUCGUUCUAUUCUGGUGCAAACAUCAAGAAUGCCUCGUUCACGUGCUGUUAUUGUGUUAUGGAGUACAAGCAUGUUUUUUGUGCUUUUGCCACAACUGAGUCGUGGAUUACUGUCUGACUUCAAAAUCUGUGGCGAUGCAGAGUGUGAAAGCCUAAUGAGCAGGGUGCAGGCAAGCAGGGAUCACCAUGGAAAGGAUUGUCGUUUCCUGAGUUUCCGACAAGGAGAAACCAUAUUUGUUCACCACAAACUGACUGGAAAGAGGAGCCACCUUUGGGCUGGCAGUAUGAACAAACAAUUUGGCUAUUUUCCAAAGGAAGCUGUAAAAGAGGAGCAAAAAUUUGCAACUAAGGAGAUAAUAGUUGAAACGCAGGAGUCCGAUUUUCUGUGUAUGGAUUACUUUGGCUACCCCAUUGACUCCAGUCAUUUGGACACUGAUGAUGAUAAUGACUCUGAUCUGAAAAGCCCACCUGAGACGUCUGAAACAAGUCAAACAAGAGAUUACACUGAGACAAAAUCUGAAAAUCCUUCAACAUCUAAAGAUACCUCCUCAGAAUCUGAUAGUACAGCAGGAGAGGAGGUUGAAUAUCAGGACAAUGGUGCUGCCAAGACUAAGCAGGAAUCUCCAGAAACUGCUGUCGAACUGAAGGAAAAAGGUGGGUCUCCCGCCUCUUCCUGGCUCAGUUCUUCAGUGGCACGGUGGUUAGAUGUAGGAAAACAGGAAGAACCUGACAAUUCAGUUGAAGGAAAGAAGCAAUUGAUGCAGGGAGAAGAUUCGCUCAUGUCUGCAGUGACAGGAUGGCUGGGGUUAGGAAAUGAAGGAAAAUCAGAUUCUUCCAAAGACAAUGAAAACCGUCAACAGCAUGACAGAAAAACUGAGUCUUUUACUUCAGCCAUGACUGGAUGGCUUGGCUUUGGGGGGGAUGAAAAAGCAGCGUCUUCUGCAGAAAAGGAGUAUGAUGAUGAACGAGAAAUGGACAUGAAAACAGCAUCAGCAGAGAACUUCAAGAGCAGGAAGCUGAAUCUAGACUUAGAAACACAACAAAUACAAGAGAAGGAGGUUAACGAAAUGGGGACAUUGGGUUGGCUCGGAAAUGGAAUGUCAAGAACACUGGGAUUUGGCCUGAAUGACCAGGACACUGGAAACACAAUACAAGUUAGUAGAGCAGAAGGGGAGAAGGAGGAGAAACACACAGCAUCCAGUUCUUGGUUUGAUUUUGGGAUCAAGGACAUUUUAGCCUUUAGAAAAGAGAAUGAAGCUGACAAUACUAAAUCAGACACGGAGUCUGGCGACAUUGUGCAAGGACCUGUUGAUUCUGACAACAUUAGAGCUACAUCUGCUGAUAGCCAGUUAGCUGACACAUCUCAGGUUGAUCAAAACAACAACCCUCCUCAAAACCAGAGAGUGGACAUCUACCCUGUUCUAAAUGGUAAGGAAGGAGAAAACAAUGUUGACAUUUUAGCAAGUAAGAAUGAUGUCACCUCAAUGCCAAGUUUCACAUACAUGGAAUCCAGGUCAGUGGGGCAGUUGGUGAGUGAGAUUGAGGAUUUCAAAAAAGAUCAGAUAGAAAGCAGUGAUGAUGCAGAGUUUACAAAUCAGGUUGAAAACAUGGACAUAGCUAACACAUUGUGUGAAUAUGUUUCUGCUGAUGAGGAAUGUAAAGGUGAAAAGCCGGCUAAAGAAAUGAAGUUGGAUGAGUCUGCAGAACAGAGUCAAGUGCAAGAAAGUGGGUCUUCUCUGGGGUCUGAAACUGAAGUAAAAGAAUCAGAGGAAGAUGACAAACAGGAGGAAGUACACAACAAAGAGAAAGGUGAAGAUAUAGAUGAGCAGCACGAUGUAGAAGAUCAUCAAGAGGAUACAGCGGUGGUAUUAGAGAAUAAAUUACAAGAGAAGACUCAGGAAGAGGUUAAAGAAGGGGUGAUACAAGAGAACUGGAAUGUUAAUUACGAAUCUGGUUCAGACUUCUUUGAAAAGAGAGAUGCUGAAAUAACACAUGAAAAUGUAUCAGAAGAGGAUAAAGAAAAGCUUUUCUCUCGUGGGAGCACACCCAGUCAAGAUACAAAAAACAUGGAGCCCCCUUACCUCCAAGGGACAGUCAUAUCUGUGAUAAACUUUUUGAAAGAAAGUAGCUUUUUGUCUUCACUUGGACCUGAAAGAGAAGAUAAAGAAUCUAAAGAUGAGGAACAUGAAGAAAUAGGCGAGGAAGAGCAACAGAACGAAAUAAAGAAGAUAGAAGGACAGGAAGACUCUCGAGUGUUGAUAGAGAAGUGGGAGGAGACAGUCAAGAGACAAAGGAAAAAGGAAGAGGAGUUUAUAUCCAAGGAAAAGCUGGAGCCCUCGGAAGAGCUAAAAGUCAAGACACCAGAAGACUUAACAGAAAUAGAGCAGUUACAUUAUAAGAAGCAGGGAGAGUUUAUAGAGAAAAGUAAGCAGGAGGAUGUGGAGUUAAGAGACAUGAAGAAGGACGGCGUUACUGAGCUAAUGCAGGAGGAGGAAAUUGAGGAGUUUGAAGAUGAGAAGCAGGAAGAAUUUAAAGAAGGGGAGAAGCAAGAGGAGGUGGAAAUGUUGGAUGAGAAGAACCAUGAAGUAGAUGGAGAGUCAGUAGAGGAGAUGCAGAAAACGUUAUUUGAAUUAGACUAUUUGAAGUGGGACACGUUUAAAGAGAGGGAUACGCUGAAAAAUAUAGAGAUUGAUGACAAGCAUGGAAAACAGGGGGAUUUUACACAGAAGGGGGAGGUAAAUGACUUUGAAGAUGAGAAGCAGGAAGGGUUUGAAAGAAGGGAAAGGCGUGAGGUGGUGGAUGCUUUAGUAGAGAAGAUGCAAGAAGUAGUGGAGGAGUUAAAGGAGGAGAAACUAGAAGAGUUCAAAGACAGGCAGGAAGAGGUGGGAAAAUUAGAGGAGAAAAAGUAUGACGUGAGUGGCGAGUCAGGAGAAGAGUUCGAGGACAAGGGGAAAGAAAAGUUCAAAGACAGGGAGCUGGAGGAACUGGAAAAGUUAGAGAAGUAUGAAGUGGAUGUUGAGUCAAUAGAAAGGUUAAAAAAGAAGAUCCAAGAAGAUUUCAAUGACAAGGAGCAGCAAGAGGUGGAGAAGUAUGAAGUGGAUGUUGAGUCAGGAGAAGACUUACAGGGGAAGGACAAAAUGGAGGAGAUCAAAAUGAAGAAGCAGGAGGAGGCAGGUGACUUUGAAGAAUCAAAUGAGUUUGAAAGCGGGAACCAGGAAGAUUUAAACAAAGGAAUUAACCAGAAUGAAGUUGGAGAGAAGAGAAAAGGAGGGGUAAGAAAGUCGAAACGCAAAGAGGAAACGCAAGAGUUUAAUAGGGACCUUAAGGUAAGUGAAGACAUGCAGAAGGUUAGUCACUUUGUGGAUCAGAGGAAUGUUAAAGAGGGACUUGAGAGUCUUGAAUGUUUGGAUGAACUUUGUACUCAAAUUGAUCCAAAUGAAAUCAUAACAGAAAGAGUAGAACACAGUUUUGAGGAUGGAUCCAACUUUCUGUAUGAUGCGUCACCACUAAAAGACGUUCUCCUAGCAGACGGCACACAAGAAAACCCAAAGAUCGUCUUCGAGGGCAUUGAGCAUGAGUUUACUGGUUUGACGUUGGAUCAGACGGGCAAAACUGAGGUUACGGAAAAUGUGCCACAUUUAGAUGAGAACGGUGACGGGGUUCCUCAUAAGAUCUUUCAGCGUCUGUAUUCAGUUGAGACUAAUGGAGAAACACUUAUGUGUGAUGGAUGCGAAAGUGAAUCCAGAAACAAUUUACAGAUGACAGAGUUUGAUGAAAAACGUAAAGUCACAACAGGAAGUGGUGGAAUAUUUGACCUUUUUAAAAAAGUCAUUUCAUCAGGCCAAAGGCCAAUCAAUAAAAUAAAAGAGUUGACGGAAUCUCCCUCAGGAUUUGCUGGACAAUCGACUGAGAUGUCAAAGCCACAAUCCCUUCAGACUCCCGAACAAGAGCUGGACUCCACAACAAAUAAUGAUAAAGACUUGCAAACAAACUUGCAGCCACCAUCUCAAUCCCUGACACAGAAUGCCCAAUCCACUUUUGUCCUUUGGAACACAACAAAGCCCCACCAAGCAAAGCCCCUCCUCAACAACUACAAGACUCUGCAAGACCACAUGGGCGUAGAAGAGACAACUAUUUUGGCUGAGCUAUUAGGGGAAAAGAAAUUAAAACUUUUGGAUUACAUUCUUGGCCAUCCAGAUGUUUUUACUGAAUAUGUUGAUCGUGAUCAAUCAAUAUUGUUGGAGAUAGAAACACUUCUGCACGACCACAGCAUGGGACUCUCUGAUGCACUAGAAGAUGACAAAGACAAGACCAGAUCCAUUAUUGCAAUUCAGAAACUAGAAAUACUGCUGAAAAGAGCAAGAGACACGUCCAACACCAGAAAAUCAGACAUCAAUAGAGCAAACACUCAAGCUGGGCCAAGUUGCAAAGAUCAAGAGACAGCGGGGGUGAUGGUGGGGAAACGGAAGGAUGGAGGCCCACAGAGAGAAGAAAACAAGGAAGGAGGAUGCGAAGAAAUGUCCUUGGCGGAGAAAGUCGCUAAGGUGUCUCACAGUCAGACCGUACCAUCAGAGUUACUGGAAGGCAUAAUGGCGCAGAUAGAUGUUAUCCGUCGCAUUCCAGAACAGUUAUCCUCUCCGACUCAUGCAACGAAGGACUUCCUCAGAUGGCUGACACAGCAGGUUGUGUCAUCACUACCUGAUGACAUCAGGCCUGGGCCUGACCUCUAUGGAAUCCCAUGGGAACCAAUUAUCUUCUCCAGUCUGUUGGGGCUGGUGAUGGUGUUAUUGUUCAGUUGCAGAUGUUACAGUUCUGUCAAAAGCAGAAUGUAUCGACGUAAAGAAUGGUGGAUGGCUGAGCAGGUUGCACAACUGCUUGAAGAGAAGUGUGAGGUCCUGGAAACUCUCAGUAAAUGUCAACAAGAGUACGAUGAGCUGGAAAACUUACUAAGUGACCGCGGCGCCUCAGCUGAAACCCAUAAGACGAGAGAUCUGGAGGUCAGAGCCCAACAGUUAGACCUGGCUAAAACUCAACUGGAAGAAAAUCUACAAGAAUUGAAGGAUCAGUUGGAUCAGCAUAGAGCACACCGAAUAGAACAGGAAAAUAAGCUCACACUCCUUGAGCAGAGCAUGGAAGCAAAGGAGGAAGAAACCAAGGAGCUCCAAUCACAAGAACAACAGGCUCAAACAACCAUUAAAGUGUACAAUAUGAACACUGACAGACUACAGAGGAAUCUGGAAACAUCUGCAGAAGAAAACACUCUGCUCAAGGAGAGCAACACACAGUUAAGACAACAGAUGGAGGGAUGGGCAGAGCGAGUGAGUGAGCUGGAGGAGGAGAUGAGGAGGUAUGAAAUGGCCCACAGUGGAAUGGUGCAGGAUGUGGCCAACAAGGAUGAACGUAUAAUGUCCCUCACCGAUCGGCUGCUGGGGAUGAAAGCUUGGGAUGCCGAUUUAGAGGGAGAUGGGGGCGACACAUCCAAGACUACAGGGAGAGCAGAGAGGAAUGGAAAAAUGGAUGUAACCGGUUCAGAAGUCCAUCUCCAGAAAGUCCAAAAACUUAUUUAUGCUGCUAAGCUAAAUGCAGACCUCAAAUCAGUUGAUGAAGACAAGGACAGAGUGUUUGCCAAACUUAAUGAUGAAGUAAAAGCUAAAGAGGACCUAGAAGUGAGCAUUAAGGAGUUGGAGAAUGAGCAAUUAUCUAUGCAAGCUGACACUGAGCACUACUCUGAACAGGUCCAGCGACUGCAACAAAAACUCCAGAUUAUGACUGAAAUGUACCAAGAGAAUGAGCUCAAACUACACAGGUUGCUGACAGUGGAGGAAAAGGAGCGUCUGCAGAAAGAAGACAAAUUGAAUAAAGCAGACAAAAACAUUGCCUUGGCAAUGGAGGAACUCCACAACUACAAGCUUCGUGCGGGGGAGAUGGAGGAGGAGCUGGAGAAAACCAAGCAGUCGUAUCAGACCCAGAUAUCAGCUCAUGAGAAGAAGGCUCACAAUAAUUGGCUUGCAGCCCGGGCAGCAGACAGAGCGCUAUCAGACAUCAAGAGAGAGAACGCCCUCCUCAGGCAGAAGCUUACAGACACUCAGUUUAAGUUGGAUGCCCUCGACAAAGAUCCAUUUGCCUUAGACAGCCUGGCUAGGCCUUUACCGUUCCGAGCUGAAAGAUUGCCAUAUGGUCCAUCUCCAUUGGGUCGACCUGCGCCUGAAAACCGAGCUUCACUCUCGCCUCCCACGCUUCUUGAAGGGCCUUUAACCAGACUGUCACCAAGAGUAACUCGUGGUCCAGUAGAGCCCCCUACUGCUCAAGGGGAGCUAGAGCGGAGUGGAGGUCCACAUUCAGACAGCGGCUCUAUCUCUCCUUCAUGGGAAAGAGAUCGCAGGGGACCCCCUGGACCAUUCCCCCCUCAGGGCUAUACAUUUCCUGAACCAGGAGGUCCAGUCUACAGGAGACCUGGUGGUCCUCCAGGUCCUCCUUUUCCCCAUCCAAGGGGUCUUAAUUCCGGGCCCUUGGGACUCAUCCACCCUGGAGACACAACAGAUGGUGCACACAGAGAAAACAGCCUAGGGCCUGAGCAGGCUCGUAGAGAGCCCGGUCCUGGUGAUCGAAGGACUCCCCCUGAAUCGGCUCUGAGAACGGGCGUGGCGCCACCUCCAAUGGGCCCCGUAGAUGGCCCAUUUCCUCGACGAGCACCCUAUGGACCGCCUGAUUUCUUCCCUCCCAGAGGUCCCGGAGGACCUCCCAUGAUGCCCAUGUGGGCUCCUCGGCCAGGGAUGAUGUUACCUCCUCGGUACCCUCACGGUGGACCUCCACCUACUCACCUGCUUUCUUAUGGUCCACCGAUGCGGCCUCCUCCACCCAAUGGCCUUGCACCUCCUUCCGUGGGUCCUCCAACAUCCCAGCAGAACCUCCCUUCUGUGCCACACAGCCAGUCACAAGAUGAGCAAACGUCCUCUCCUUAAGAUGCCAUUGGACCCUGAUCAGCUUUUGAAUUGUUUCUUGUUCGUACAGCCGCUGCUGAUGGUUAACCUUCAUUUCUGUAAUGCCACCCAAAUAGUCCAUAAUGAAUGUCAUUGAGUUAUCAAAUACUGAAGGCUCGUUCGGACAAUGCUAUCCAAUCCAGGAAACCACUUGACCCGCUCAGGCUCACGGGUGUGCUGUAGCCUAAUCCCAUCGGAUUUAGGGUGAGAGGCAGGGUAUACCCUUGACUGGUCUCCAGCCGAUCACAAGGCACAUAUAGACGGACAACCAUUGUCGUUCACAUUCACACCUUUGGUUUUUGGGUGCCUGGGGAAAACUGCCACAAAUGCGGGUAGAACAUGCGAAGCCCACAAAGAAAGGUCUGAGCUGAGAUUCUAGCCCAGAAUUAUGAAUGUGAGACAGAUAUGAUUACAAAAUACUCCGUUGUGCUACUCUCUGUCACAAUUAUUGGCAGACAAUUAGCCACCCAGUGUGAGUUUUUAGUUGAACAAAGUGCAAAAUGUCCUCAAUGAUGUGCAUUGGAGCAGUCAAGGCAAUUGAUUCUAAGGUCAGUACAAACAAAUUCCUGUACACAUUUUGUUGAGGUCAAAUUUGAGCCUUGUCAUUUUAUAGUUUAUAUAUAUAUAUAUACUGGCUCCUUUUGUGAAUAUUUUGGAAAUCUAACUUCCUCAGUGGGAACAGGUGGCUCAAAAAAUAAAAGACCCCAGGUUUGUUGUGAAUUUUGUAAAAUAAAGAUUAAAUAAAUGUAA